UCACCGGGUUAGAGGCAAGGGUUGCGCGAGCGGAGGGGACGGGGGCGCUGGUAGAGGCUGAGCCUUGUGGAGUUUCCUGCACCAAGUGCUGGGAGGGCAAGAGGAUGUCCUUUCACCACGACAGGGAGUCACGUGUGCCGACUGGGGGCGGAAAGGCUGGAUAAGUUCCUUCCGGGUCACGAGAGAAGCGUCAACACCUGGGGAGGAAGCUCUCUGGUCUUCCCUGCAACUUUUUAGGUACACUAUACUUGAGGUGGUUGUGGUUUCGGGGAUGAGUUCCCAGAAGGGCAACGUGGCUCGUUCCAGGCCCCAGAAGCAUCAGAAUACAUUUAGCUUCAAAAAUGACAAGUUCGAUAAGAGUGCUCAGACCAAGAAAAUUAACCAAAAACUUCACGAUGGAGUAUGUCAGCGCUGUAAAGAAGUUCUUGAAUGGCGUGUAAAAUACAACAAAUACAAACCAUUAUCAAAACCUAAAAAAUGUGUUAAAUGCUUACAAAAGACAGUGAAGGAUUCUUACCACAUAAUGUGUAGACCAUGUGCCUCUGAGCUUGAAGUUUGUGCAAAAUGUGGAAAGAAAGAAGACAUUGUUAUUCCGUUUAAUAAAGAUCCAGAAAAGACUGAAAAUAAUGAAAGUUACAAACAUACAAGAAACAGCAAAAGCCAUGAAGAAAGUGAUGCUGAUUUAGAUUUUGAUAUUUAUUUAGAUGAUACAGAUAAUAAUCAAGUGGAUUAAUGACUCAAGUUAAAGAAUGUGAAAUUUUGACCAACUUUUGCAUUUGAGAGGCUUACCAAAAAUAUUGUGAAAUCCUAAUGAGGAAAUAAGAAAAACUAUAGAAAAUACAUAAAAUAUAUGUAUGAACAAUAUAAACUGUGUAAAAUAUUUGAAUAAUUAUCAAACAUUAUAAAGCUUUCAUCCAGAGUUUUUUAUAACAAAUUUUUUAGGUUGCAUAAAUUAGAAUAAUAUCAGCAAAAAUACAUAUUGUGGUAUCCUGUUGUAGUUCAUGAGAAUUACUUAAAAGAAUGUAUUACCGGGGCUGGGGAUGUGGUUCAAGCGGUAGCGCGCUUGCCUGGCAUGCGUGCGGCCCGGGUUCGAUCCUCAGCACCACAUACAAAGAAAGAUAUUGUGUCCACCAAAAACUAAAAAAUAAAUAUUAAAAAUUCUCUCUGUCUCUCUCUCUCUCUCUCUCACCUCUCUCUCAAAAAAAAAAAAAAAGAAAUUCAAGAAUGUAUUACCUAAAUACAUAAAUGUAUUUGUUAUCAAAAUAAAUGAGACUCAGAAUCGGUGGUUAUGUAAGAACUAUCUCAUGUAAAAAUAAGAUGAUAUUAUUAUAAAUAAUAUUAAAAAUCAGUAAAUAGUCCUCUUGAUAAAAGCUCCCUUACUUUGUUUUUUUAUAAUAAUGUAUAGCAAUUUUCCUUUGAAAGCAUUUUUAUUUACCCCUUCACACUGUUGUACCUUUUUCCUCUUGAGAACCAGGAAAAAUGCAUACAAUUUAUAUGUACAGUUUACUCAAUAAUUAUAAAAGGGAGUUUUACACUUAGACCUGCAUGAAGAAACUGCUGGGACCAGAAGCUCCCCAAGAAGCUCUCCCUCAUCACAAGUUCAUCCUUCUUCCCGGAGUUGGCACUAACACUGAAUUUUUUGGGGGUCAGCAGGAAUGGGUUGCCAGGGAUUGAACUCAGGGGCACGUGACCACUGAGCCACAUCCCCAGCCCUAUUUUGUAUUUAAUUAGAAACAGGGUCUCAGUGAACUGUUUAGCACCUCACUAAAUUGCUGAGGCUGGCUUCAAACUCAUGAUCCUCGUUCCUCAGCCUUCCAAGCUGCUGUGAUUACAGGCAUGUGCCACCACAUCCAUCUCUAACCUGAAUUUUGAUAAUUAUUUCCUUUGUCAUUUUACUACUACUAAACAAUAUAAAUUCACUUUGUCUGAUUCUUAAACUUUCCUAUCUUUUUAUUUUGAAACAUUUCAAACCUACAGAAAGGUAGCAAAGUAGUACAAUGAACCUUUAUAUAGUCUUCACCUAGAUUUCAAAUGUUAGCAUUUUACCAUGUUUUCUUUAUAGCUCCAUAAGUGGACAUAUAUUUAUUUUUAAUUUGUAAAACCAUUUGAAAAUCAGUGCUAAGUAAGGAUUUGAUUUUGAACUGUAUGUGAAUAGACUUGCAGUAUGCAUACUAUUUUGCAUCUUUUUUUUCAUUUUUAUAAAGUUUGGGAGAUUGACUCAUGUUGUUACAAAAGUUCAUUUUAUAUUAUUCUAUGGAAUUACAUAGCAUAGUUUCUUUAUCUUUUCUAAUGUUAAGACAUUUGAGUUAAUUCACAUUUUUCCUAUUGUAAGCAAUAUUGGUAUAAACACUGUUAUAUGUGUCUCUUGGUACAUAUAUGCAUUUCUGUUAGGUAUAUAUCAAUAAAAGAAAUCAGGUGUAUGCAAAAAGAAA